AUGGGAGAUAGCAGUGGAGGGUCCCGCGUCAGCUCCUCCUCAUCUUCUCUCCUUCCCUCAUCACCUCCUUCCAUAUCUCCACACUUUACAUCCUCCUUCUCAAGCUCUACCUGUGCCACUUCUUGCCCACCCUCGGAAUUACCAUCCACGGUUUUGAAAGUGAACUGCGAUUUUUCAAACGUGCUCGACAGUGCUGCCAAAGCUGAAGCAGACUUCUUGCAGCCCACCCAGAACUCAACAAGGUCAAACUCGAUUGACUCUAACUCCAGCCAGCUGCUGCAUGGUGGGACGUCUUAUGACUUGAGCCUCUUCGAGCUGAAGCUCAUCUGUGAUGACUACGGGGCCUUCUGCCAUCAGUUAGGGACAGAGCAGGUAGAGAUCUCGCAAGCAAAAGAUCAUCCAGCUGUGCUGCAAGAGAGUGAACCCAAGAACCUCCUUGAUUGGAUGGUGAUGCUAGCAGCAGACCCAAUGCACAUCGUCUCUCGGACUUCAUCCUGUUCUGUUGAUUCCCUUCCGGCCAGUUCUCUCGACAACGAGCCGCCGAUGCCUAUGGAGGGAUCAGGAGGGGAGCUGAGAGAUGACAUGGUACUGUCUGACGGCAGCAGGGGACAUGAAGACGUUGAUGACCAUCAUCACAGCUCGAGUGACCGAGACGACCCGGUUAACGAGUCGCCGGAGGACGAGCAAGCUCAGAGCAAGGGACUGCUGCACGAGGAGGAGGAAAGGUCGAUUUCUCAUUCCGUCAAAAACAUCCGGGAAGUUUCUCCACGCAAUCAUGAUGAUCCCGCGGCAGAGAAAGCUGGGACGGAGGCCGCGGUCCAGUCCCCAGACAGCAAGAAUGCUGGCAGGGUUUCCAGUGGGGAGGUCAUGGGCGAGCAGGCUUUGGAGCGGCAGCCAUGCAAGAUAACCUCAGAGUCUGAGAUCAUCAAGAACGCAGAGAAGGAGUCUGUGUUCCAUGACGAGUCUUCCAUCAGCUUCCAUGGCAACUUGAAGGUCGAAGCUCUGCUCGCUGAAAACGUUGUGUUGAUGUUUGACAUGCAGCGCUGGAAAGCUCUUGUGGACAAGAAAGAUCCUGUGAACUCCUUGAGCUCUACGCCUCAACGAGCAGAGAAUUCUGUCAAGCGAAGGAACAGCAAGACCAAGUCGGAUGAUGAGAGUGCAGUGUGUGAUGAGGUGCAGAAGCAAGCUCCUUCAGGAGAAGAUCGAACAGUGUCGAGCUCCGAGGUGGUCGUUGAAGAGCACAGUUCGUCCGACGAGUACGACGAGGUUGGUGACUGCCGUGCUGGGUGUUGGGUCGCUGAGUGGGAACAACAGAUACCAGAUUUACAAGUGUAUAACGAAUCUCCCAAGUGGGGAAUCAACCAUGGAGAGAGGGUGGAGGUGAUGUUGUCCCCAUCGCUGGAAGAGUUUUCCAAGGAUGAACAGUCUCGGUCGGACCUGUCGGGCUUCCCCGAUGGGAAUGAAAGCUUGACAUCCUUGAGUUUUGCCGUCAACACCUCGGCUGCAUACAGAGACACAAGCAUGCAGGAGGACGAGGAGGAGAAAGGCGCAGAGGAAGUGAACUCAUACGACUGGAAGGAUCGUCAGGAUACCAACGAGGUUGUACAGAGCGGAGGAAACGUACUGGAAAUGGCGGAAGAGGAGAAGAGGAAGAGGAUUGAAGGAAGGGCAGUGAAGAUGGAGGAAGCGCGAGCGGUAGAAGCGUCCUGCCUGGGGAGGCACGGCAUCGCAGCGAAAGACGUCUGCCAUGAAUUGGAAUGGCACUGCACACGCCAUACCAAGAGGGCGCUGGCACUUAAGAAGAAGUCCAAGCUUCGUUUGCACGUCGACGUCUUGGGGAGGAUGCGCUUGUUUCGAGCGAGUUAUCUUCUCAGACGCGAUGAGAGCUGUCCUCCUGCUAUCAGCUACUCGCGCAGGGACGAGAAGCGUCCUGAAGGGCCCGGACGUAGGAAGUUUUUCGGCUCAACUUCCAAGUCUCCGAGCCGCAAGGUAUGGUAG